AUGGGUGCUGUGCCUCCUGCACCACCUCCACCACCACCACCUCCCGCCCCUCAUAUCCCGACCAUGCCGCCGCUCGAUAUUCCCCGCAUUCUAACCCCCGAAAUUUCACUGGAACACAUUCUCGAUCCACCAGUAGCUCCCGAACCACCAAAGCGGAAGUCCUCGAUGAAGCGGCGUGAAAAUUUCCUGGCAGACCGCAACUUACGUGUUCCUUCUUCCUACGGGAUAGGGACCAUCGACAGUACCAUCAUCACAUCACUCCUUAUCCAUCGAGAAGGAUCGUGUCUCAUGCUAUGCCACCCUUCCGGUGGGAAGGACGAUCGUGUCGCAUGGGCGAAUCUACAAUUCAGUACUCUCGAAUACAUGGUAUUCUUCUUCUGUACCUUUAUUGCUUUACGCGGACAGGACUCUUCGAAUCCCGUUUCCCGCAUCAAAGAUUACGAGCUAGCGGGCGAAGAACUGGUUUUUUCAGGAGAGACAGUAGAUAAUCACUAUAUCCAUGCUCUCCAUCUAUACGUUGACCGUGAGACCAGAGCAGUGCGACUACACUCGACGGUCCUACACGGUGAACUGAAACACGUCCCCGUCUGGACCGCAUUCAUUCAUCAAUACCUGAAGAAACCUCGUUCAUGGAUGCGUCACGUCGAGCAAGAAGUAAUCUACCUUACCGAACUACACCCUACCGUCUUCAUCAACUCAGACGAGUACAAGCCAUCAGUAACAUCGCGAGGAGAACACAUUAUCACAUUCACUUCUUCUGACGAUGCCAUAAUGUUUAUGGAAGCCAUUAGCGAAGUUGCGCAGGUAAUCCGAAAGAGGAAGUAA